UUAUUUAGUCACAAACCAUCCUAUAGGUGUUUCUUGUAGUGUUCUUCUGUUAGACCUUAGAAGUGUAAUUUCAUUUUUCUAAGAGUACAAAGACACACAAGUAACUCCAUCUAAUGGAAUUGUAUUUUGAUUUUUCUUUGCAUGUAAUUGUUUCCAUCGUAAGCAUGGUCCACAAAUUUAAUCAUCUUGACGUCAGUCUUAGUAGUUGUUUUUUGCUUUGAACUGUAUGUUAUUUGAUUUUUUUUUGUUUUGUAUUCAGUUUUUUUCAUCAUAUGCCAUGAAUUUUUGUAUUAUGUGAUACCAUCAACUCUACCUUCAUUCAUGGCAGAAGGGGGCUUUUGGGGGGCGGGGGGAUUGAACCCGUAUGCCAAAAGCUCCCAAUUUUACAAACUUGUAUGCUAUUAGAGAUCUCCUUUUCUGUAAGUGUUUACACUUUUUGUUAUAGUGUGAAAGUGGAAUGUGCAUUCCCACAUAUGGUGGUAUCUAUCGUUUCUGUUUGGUGUUGCUAUCAUGCAGCACUCUUUUUGGGUGAUUGUGGUAUCAUUACGCGCAUGCUGCAAAAAGGACCAAAAAAUUAAUGAAUUUAGGAUAUCUUAUUAUGACACGCAAUUUGUUGUUGAAGUUCUAAAUUAAGGGGUCCACUACUCCACUCGUGUCUAUAUAAGAUUCUAUCGUUGUUCCUGUUUUUGUUAAUUCCAAAUAGCCCAAUUGGCCAAUUCAAUUUACAAUUGUGUCACUUGGUUUCUAUGAUGAUUAUCUGUCUAUUCAUUUAUCUUAAGAAGUCAACUAAUUUUUUGUAGGAGAGUGAGCCUUUGAAGAUAUAACACAGAAAAAAAGAACCAGCUAAUAGGGAACUGCAUCGACACUAUGGCAGAAGAUGACAUAUAUACACAAGAUGGGACCAUUACCAUCUCCAAAAAACCUGCCAACAAGAAAAAGACUGGAAAUUGGAAAGCUUGCUAUUUUAUUCUUGGAAAUGAAUGUUCUGAGAGAUUGGCAUACUAUGGUAUGAGUACAAACCUGGUGAACUAUCUUCGGGAGCGUUUCAACCAGGGAAAUGCAACCGCUGCAAAUAAUGUCACAACCUGGUCAGGCACAUGCUACAUCACACCAUUGAUUGGAGCCUUUCUAGCUGAUUCAUACUUGGGAAGAUACUGGACAAUUUCCAGUUUCUCAAUUGUCUAUGUUAUUGGGAUGAUACUCUUAACAUUGUCUGCUUCUGCCCCUGGACUAAAGCCAUCAUGUGAUGCUAAUGGUUGCCAUCCAACAUCUGCACAAACCGCAACUUGCUUCAUAGCACUCUACCUGAUUGCUCUUGGAACUGGUGGUAUCAAGCCAUGUGUCUCAGCUUUUGGUGCAGACCAAUUUGAUGAUUCGGACGAGAAAGAGAAAAUAAAGAAGAGCUCUUUCUUCAAUUGGUUUUACUUCUCUAUUAAUAUUGGUGCUCUUGUUGCUUCCUCAGUGUUAGUUUGGAUACAGAUGAAUGUUGGCUGGGGAUGGGGUUUUGGAGUUCCUGCUGUUGCAAUGGUCAUUGCAAUUAUAUUUUUCUUUGGUGGUAGCCGGCUCUACAGACUCCAAAUACCUGGAGGCAGUCCCCUUACAAGGAUUUGUCAAGUAAUAGUUGCAGCCUUGAGGAAAAUCGGUCUUCAAGUGCCCAAUGAUAAAUCUCUUCUUCAUGAGACAAUAGAUCUAGAAUCUGUCAUCAAAGGGAGCCGCAAGCUUGAUCACACAAACCGCUUCAAGUGUUUGGAUAAGGCAGCUGUAGAGACCGAAUCUGAUCAUACCAAAGACUUGUCAAAUCCUUGGAGGCUUUGCACAGUAACACAAGUUGAGGAACUCAAAUCAGUAAUCUCAUUACUCCCAGUUUGGGCAUCAUUGAUUGCCUUUGCAACUGUGUACGGUCAAAUGAGCACCAUGUUUGUUCUCCAAGGCAACACAAUGGACCAGCGCAUUGGUCCUCACUUCAAAAUCCCAUCAGCAUCCCUCACCAUUUUUGACACCCUAAGUGUCAUCUUCUGGGCUCCGGUGUAUGACCGCUUCAUUGUCCCAUUUGCAAGCAAGUACACUGGCCACAAACAAGGAUUCACACAACUCCAAAGAAUGGGAAUUGGCCUUGUGAUCUCCACUAUAGCCAUGGUUGUUGCUGGCAUUCUAGAAGUCUAUCGCCUCGGCAUAGUCAGGAAAAACAACUACUAUGAUGUUGAGACCAUCCCCUUGUCAAUCUUCUGGCAAGUACCACAAUAUUUUCUUGUUGGAUGUGCAGAAGUUUUCACCAACAUUGGUUCCUUAGAGUUCUUUUAUGGUCAGGCACCAGAUGCUAUGAGAAGCCUUGGUAUGGCUCUCUCACUCACAACUAAUGCGUUGGGAAAUUACAUUAGCACCCUUCUUGUCAUUAUUGUAACUAAGGUUACCACAAGACAUGGUAAGCUUGGUUGGAUUCCAGACAAUCUAAAUAGAGGUCAUCUUGACUACUUCUACUGGCUUUUGACCGUUCUCAGCUUUCUCAAUUUCCUUGUGUAUCUCUGGGUUGCAAAGAGGUACAGGUACAAGAAGGUAGCUGGAAAUGCUCAUUGAAGAUAAUAGCUUGAGGUUGGACAGCUCUGUUUACUUGCUGAAGAUUUUUUUUUAGUAUUUUUAUAUCCUGGGAUUUGCAUUAAUUUGUAUAGAUUUGUGGGUGUAUUUAUUGUUUUAACUUUCAUGUUCAUGUUUGAGAUUUGGUUGUUGCUACGCUCCCCCAGCACAAUUGCUAGUACACCCAACACAACACAUUUUGUCCUUUGUAAAAUUGAUACGGAUUGGUCAAUCCAUAAGUCUCAUACGAAGGCUUACGGAUUGCCUAAUCUGAAAGUGGUCCAUAUGAUUUUUAAUUUUUUUUUUCAAAAAUAUGUUUUACAAUUGCUAGUACACCUAGCACAAUAA